AUGUUAGGCGACAAUCACCUUGACGACCUCAGCCCGCUUCCCACCUGCUUCCCCAACCUGGAAAAGCUAUCGAUUGUCGGGAACAAGAUUGGGUUUCGUGACGAAAUGGAGCCCCUGACUCGUCUUACCAAGCUGUGGGCUUUGGAUGUUGAAGGCAACGAGAUCUGCGAGAUUCGCGGACAUGACCGAUGGAUGGCGGACACGUUUCCCCGUGUCAAGCGCUUCAUGAUUACCGCGUAUGACGUGGACAGUGACGAGGAAGACGACGACGAUAUUUCAUUGUUUCUUAGCGAUGAAAGUAUGGACGCCGAUGACGAGGAGGAAGACAAUGUCUCUGAUGGACCCGGAGAAUCAGUCCCAGAGGUCAUUCAGAUCGACUAG